AUUUAUCCGCCGUGGGCUGUCGCGUGCGGAACCGAUAGCUUCUUUUCUAAUACAAGAUUCCGGGAAGGCAUGGGUCUGGAAGUGGUCGUAGUUGUGUCGCUAAUCGCCUUGGCCGGGGGCCAGCUUGUUCCGGAGAACUCGUGUCCGGACUACUUCCGCUAUGUCAACGAUGCCUUCCAGGGUGCGCAGGGCGAGAUUACGCUGCCCAGCUUGAUGCGGGGUCGGAACCGCAUAGAUAUACGCUUCUCGCAACAGGGCGAACAAGAUGCCUCUUACGUGGGUUCCCUGCUGCCGUAUCCGGACGAGAAUACUGUACGCCAGAGUAAGGGUUCGGCCAAGUUUCGGAUAGCCCUCAGACCAAAUUCAUACAACGGAUUGCCCAAGCUGACAAGACUGUCCUACAAUGAUCGGCUCUUGUGCUCGGCCAGCGAAUACAGUCCGCCCAACAGCUUCUUUGGCCGCUUCUGGGAGCUCGAAAUCAGUGAAUCACAGGCUUCCUUUGCUUCAUCCGCAUUCAAUCCCUUCACCCGGAAUGGCUUCGAUGUGAGUGUUCAGACCGUAUUCUAUCCUAGCUCUUCACGUGGCAAUGAUAUCUGGCGUGGUUUUACGCAGCCCUGGACGACUGUGUCCAACAGAGGACCAGCAGCGGUCACUCCAGCACCCACUCGAACUGAGAUUUUGUGGGAUAAACCAGUGCAAAGUGUUUUAGUCACCUUGGGGCCACCUGUACCAACUAUAAGGAACACCCCAGCACCACCACCUCCACUUCCUUCAACAGUGGCAACCGUUCCACCGCCGACUCCACCACCUCGGCGCUUCGAUCCGCGAUCCCAAUUGUCACCAGUAGUUUGCGGUAGAGAGGGCACCACAACUCCGUUUAUUGUACAUGGAAACGAUUUCGCUCGAGGCCAGUACCCCUGGCUCUCGGCCGUCUAUCACAAGGAGGUUCGGUCUCUGGCCUAUAAGUGCGGAGGAUCCCUGAUCUCGGCCAGCAUUGUAAUCAGUGCCGCCCACUGUGUGCAUCGGAAGACGGAGGACCGCGUGGUCGUCGGACUCGGACGCUAUGAUCUGGAUGACUAUGGAGAGGAUGGGGCCGAAAUGCGCAAUGUGCUGCGAUUGCUCUGGCAUCCGGAUUACAAUACCCGCACCUAUUCAGAUGCGGAUAUCGCUUUGAUCACCAUUGAGCGGCCUGUGACGUUCAACGACAUUAUAGCACCCAUUUGCAUGUGGACGGUGGAGGCAAGCAGCAGGGUGUCCACCACUGGCUUCAUCGCGGGUUGGGGCAGAGAUGAGAAGGACAGCUCCAGGACCCAGUAUCCCCGCGUGGUGGAGGCGGAGAUCGCCAGUCCGACGGUCUGCGCCAGCACCUGGAGAGGCACCAUGGUGACGGAGCGCAGUCUAUGCGCGGGAAACCGGGAUGGAUCUGGACCCUGUGUCGGGGAUUCCGGCGGUGGUCUGAUGGUCAAGCAGGGCGAUCGGUGGCUGCUCCGCGGUAUUGUGUCUGCAGGGGAGCGCGGACCUGCCGGCACCUGCCAGCUGAACCAGUAUGUACUGUUUUGCGAUCUGUCCAAGCACAUCAACUGGAUAAACGAAAACAUCCGCUGAGCAUCCGGAGUGGCUUUGUGGGCAAUCGAAUUAAAAACUUUAAUGCCAAAACA